CCGGUGUUAGCGUUAAGGUGGUAGAUUUCGGCACGUGUGUUGUCACAAAAAUGUUAGCCAAAUCAGCUGUAUAUGGGCUGGCAGCCAGCGCAGGCCUAGCUUUCAUUGGAUAUUGUAUUUACUUUGACCAAAAGCGCAGAAAUGACCCCCUCUUUAAGCAGAAGCUAAGGGAAAGACGAAAAAAGAACAAGGAAAAAGCAUCAAAGAAGGCCAGAGGACCAAUUCCAGAUUUAGAGAGUCCAGCUGACAGGAACAAAUUUUUUAUCCAGGAAGUGCAAGUAGGAGAAGAACUGUUGGCACAGGGUGAUCUUGAGGGUGCAGUAGAACAUCUCAGUAAUGCUGUGGUGGUAUGUGGGCAGCCUCAGCAACUGCUACAAGUACUGCAGCAAACAUUACCCCCACAAGUGAUACAAAUGAUUUUACAGAAGCUUCCAGAAGCAAGUGUGCGGCUGAAUCAAAGUGCCAGUCAGGGAGAGAUGAUGGAGGAUGACUUGGAGUAAAGUAUUCAUGUAAAUUUAAAGAAGAUAUGAAAUAACUUUUGCAUACCACCACACAUGUACAUAGGAGUGUAGUUUUGACACUGUAAAUCAUUUUUUUUACUCAAAACUGUUAGUACUUGCUUACAUGUCAAUACCUUCAUUGAUGUAUAAGUACAACCAAGGAACUUUGAAGGGCUAUUAAAAUUUACCAACACUUCAUUGCACUUAUUUGAAAGAAAUCCUACCACAAGCUCAAGAUUAGCUCUUUCUUGCAGCUAGAAAAGUUUCAGUAAGUGAGGAAGUUAAAAAUAUCUGUAGUGAAGAUAUGUUUGUGCAUUCUACACAUAUACAUACACAUUUUUGUUCAUGUAUAUAUCAUGCUUUUUAAGUAUAUCAAAUGAAGACAUUAUGUUGAAGCACUUGGUUUUAUGUUUUAAUUUUGAGAAAAACUUAGUGUGCUAAAUUCACUAGUGGUAUUAAGGGAAGUGUAUCAAGUUAAGUGUGCUAAAUUCACUAGAGAUAUUAAGUGAAGUGUAUCAAGUAAAGUGAUGUAUUAAUGAUGUUGUGAGGAUGAUGAUGAUGAUUUUGUCUGGAUCAGGUUUAGCAGAAAUAAAUCUUCAACUCAUAUUCUUAUUUUAUCCCUUA